ACCAGUCUGCAAUGGCGGUAGGUAUACUGGAGACAGCCCUACCCCUUGCCGCCCUUGUUUCUAUGACCGGAGCCAGAUAUCACAACAUACUACAUAACGUGCGAGGCUGUAAGCUCUGCAUAACGCGAUGCAAAGUAUCCAUCUCGUUCGACGAAUACUUGCAUUUCGGAAGACAGCAGACGUGGUCAUCGCCACAGUAACGUCCGACCGUGCCGCAGAGGUGUCUGCAUGCUACAAUGCUUUGCAAAAACA